GCCAGGAUGGAUAUGAACAUGACCCGGCCGGACAACGCCACCAUCGUGAUGCUGCGCGACCCGACCAUCGCGGUGGUCCUGCCCGUCGUGUACUCGCUGGUGGCGCUGGUCAGCAUCCCGGGCAACCUCUUCUCCCUGUGGGUCCUGUGCUGCCACAUCGGGCCCAAGUCCCCGUCGGUCAUCUUCAUGAUCAACCUGAGCGUCACGGACCUGAUGCUGGCCAGCGUGCUCCCUUUCCAGAUCUACUACCACUGCAACGGGAACCACUGGGUGUUCGGGGAGCUGCUGUGCAACGUGGUCACCGUGGCCUUCUACGCCAACAUGUACUCGUCCAUCCUCACCAUGACGUGCAUCAGCGUGGAGCGCUUUCUGGGCGUCGUGUACCCGCUGGCCUCGGCGCGCUGGCGCCGGCGCCGCUACGCCGUGGCCGCCUGCGCCUGCGUCUGGCUGCUGCUGCUGGCCGCGCUGUCCCCGCUGGCGCGCACCGACCUCACCUACACCGUGGAGGCGCUGGGCAUCGUCACCUGCUUCGACGUGCUCAAGUCCACCAUGCUGCCCAGCGUGGCCAUGUGGGCCAUCUUCCUCUUCACGCUGUUCAUUGUGCUGUUCUUCAUCCCCUUCGUGGUCACCGUGGCCUGCUACACGGCCACCAUCCUGACGCUGCUGCGCGCCUCGGACCCGCACGGCCGCGGCCAGCGGCGCCGCGCCGUGAGCCUGGCCGUCGUGGUGCUGCUGGCCUUCGUCACCUGCUUCGCGCCCAACAACUUCGUCCUGCUGGUGCACAUGGUCAGCCGCCUGUUCCUGGGCCGCAGCUACUACCACGUGUACAAGCUCACGCUCUGCCUCAGCUGCGUGAACAACUGCCUGGACCCCUUCGUGUACUAUUUCGCGUCCCGCGAGUUCCAGCUGCGGCUGCGGCGCUAUCUGGGCUACGGGCGGCUGCAGGCCUGCGGCCGGGACGCGCGCAGGGAUCCCCUGUUCUCUGCCCGGACGCUGUCGGCGCGCUCCAUGUCCAGCGGCCACGGCGACGGGCUGGACGGCCCCAGCCGGCCCUGCCUGCAGAGGCAGGAGAGCGUGUUCUGA